CUGUAGUCCUCCUUUGAAGAAACAAGACAUGUCUCGUCUUCUGCAAAGGCUGGACGUAAACACUGGGUGCGGGCCGUAUGUCCCUCGUGUGGCAUUGCACAAAAGUUUGGGUUAAUGUUACCAAGAAUGACGCACAGGAAAUGGACAGAGACAUCUUAUAGAGCAUAAGAAAUAGAUAAAUAAGCAUUACAGCCAUGCAUUCCACUGCAGGACAUAGGCCUCUCUCAAUUCACUAUUGAGAGGUUACAUGGUAGUGUCACCGUUGCCUGAUUGGAUGCCCUUCCUAAUCUACUGCCUUUCGGCCGCGGCGGUGUCAGCAUGUGUGGAGUGUUACGGAAGAGUAAAAUCCAGUCAAGACUGUUUUAUUUGUCACCCUAAUGUGUUCCUGAAAUAUCGAUGUAUAUAUAUACACAUAUACAUAUAUUUUGUGGACAGAUGUAAAAAGUAAUAGUGCUCUUAAAAGGGUGUGUGUUUCUGCCUUUUAUAUAAAUUUUCAAAGGGAGAAUAUAUUUGUGACUUGAUAUCUAAGCCUACAACAUGGAGCUCAUGUACAAUGUCUUAUGGGGGAUUUAUGUCUCAGUCUUUCUUAUGCUAGUGCUAUUGGCCUCCUUACAUGAGCAUCUUAACCUGCGGAAACUUUACACUGAAAUCCUGCUCAAGCUCUUUGCCUUUGGUCAAGAGCGUGUAGAGCGAAAGCGAUUCAAGGCAAGUGGCAGUGAGGCAGAUGAACCUGACUCCCCAGUAGAUGAAGGAAAGAGACCCAUCCUCUCACCAGACAAUCCUCAGGCUCUGGGCAUCAGGGAUGAUAUCAAGGGGUUCCACCUUGACUAUGUCCUUGAGUACAUAACUGCAGGGAUGGUGGCUAUCAUGGAUGAUUCCCUAACCAAGUGUUUUGAACCAGAGGAGCUGCCUGUCUGGAACCUCCUCUCACGCACCAACAACAGAUCGUAUGAGUUUGUCUCCUUCCGGUUAACCAUGUGCUGGAUCCUUGGAUUCUUCUUUAGGUACUUUGUCCUCCUUCCACUGCGAUUGAUUAUCCUCUUGAUUGGGAUUCUGCUGCUAUGCAUCUCCAUGACCUUUGUGGGUAUCUUUCCUGAAGGCAAACUGAAACGUUGGAUGAAUGGCAAGCUACUUGUAUUCUGCUUUGAUUUCAUUGCUGGCUCACUGUCCCUUGUAGCCACCUUCUACAAUGAAGAGAACAAGCCAAAGAAUGGGAUUGCUGUUGCCAACCAUACAUCUCCCAUUGAUUCCUUGGUUUUGGCCACCAACAACUGCUAUGAUAUGGUUGGGCAGAAACAUGAGGGAACACUGGGAAUCAUAAUGUCUGUCCUCAGCAGAGCUUCAACACACGUCUGGUUUGAACGCACAAAUGCAAAGGACAGAUCUUUUGUUAUAAGAAGACUUCAAGAACAUGCACAUGAUCCCAACCUUCCCCCCAUUCUCAUCUUCCCUGAAGGUGUAUGUGUUAACAACACAUCAGUUAUGCAGUUUAAGAAAGGAGCCUUUGAGGUCAAUUCUGUGGUCUAUCCUAUAGCCAUUCGCUUUGAUGCUCGUUUUGGAGACCCGUUCUGGUGGCAGGACAAAUUCUUCCACUUUAUCCUCUACAUGUUGACGUCUUGGGCAAUUGUGUGCAAUGUUUGGUAUCUUCCCCCAAUGGAGAAGAAGCCAGGCGAGUCUGCUAGUGCUUUUGCGGACAGGGUAAAAGCCAAAAUUGCCCAUCAAGGUGGAAUGAUAGAUCUUACUUGGGAUGGCUUCUUGAAGUCAAAACCAGUGAAGGAGGAAUGGAAGAAGAGACAACAAGAGGAAUUUGCAAAGCACCUCAAGGCCCAAUAUGGUACUUAUAUCAGUGAAUGCGAUAAAGAGAAGGAAGAAUAGUGAAGUACUUUGUGCGGCCAUUGACUACUGGAUCCUGCCUUCUUAGAAACUAGAUUCUCAGGAUUAUUUUGCGAGUCCAGUUACUGAAACACAUGACUUCUUUAAGAUGUGUGAUGAUAAGAGAUUUAACAGAAGUUCUAUUAUUUUAAAAGAGGACAGCUGCAUAUGGGCUUCCAGAGAGAGAACAGGUCCGAUGUUCCUGUGGACACCCAUUCUUACCGUCAAGUUUAGACACCAUUAGUGCCUCACAGUUUGUAAUCAUACAGGAUGCAACUAUGAAUUGAUUUGAUUUAGAUUUAGCUUUAAAUUCCAUAUGUUCAUUUAUAUUUUUAUUUGGAAUGUUUUCUUCUCAGAUUUGUUUAUGUGCUGUUGAUGUGUUAUAUGUAAUAGAAGUGAUCUGGAAAAUGUAAGACUGUGAUCAUGUGAGUUAGCAUAUAUAGGCUGUGUUUAGGUAGGUUAAAGGUCAGUGUAUUAUUAGUAGUAAAUUGGCAUAUCUAGUGUAAGUCUAAAUCUAGGCUCCUGUAGCUCACAUUGUUCCUUUUGUAGUUUCUGUAGACAAAAGCUAUUUUUGUUAAGUUCAUGCCUGUAAAUAGUUUAUAAGGGCAUCAAUUCUUUUGGUUAAGCUUAGCUUGGUAACUGCAUCAUUAUAGCAUUCUGCACACAGUAUUGCUGUUGGAGACAAUUUGUAAUAUUUUUAAUGCAGUAUAAAUUCUUAUAUAAAUCCACAAUGGGCUGGCAGUGGCAGUCCAUUUUAGCUGGCAGGUAAGAGGUUAGUUGUGCAACACAAGGAAGGCCAGAAGACUUGUAGAUGCACAGUUCCCAGGCUAAGGAAACGUGUAUGAGUGAUCUAGAGAGAAAAGAGACAAGAUUGGCUUAUUUUAUUUGAUAAUAAGUUUCAGUACUACAUAGGUCUAGAUAUGUAUUAAUUAUAAACAAGAAUAGGCUUGGGUACUAUUCUUUUUUAUGUUUAUCUAUACAAAACACUUCAAAAAAAGAGGUCAAAGCCAUAUGUUCUAAGAUUUUAAGUUUGUAGUAGCUUUACAGAGUGCAGUUUGAAAAUUAUUUUACUUUGACAUUUAGAAUAUCUAGAAAAUGGAAAUUAGCUUGAUUUUUCUUCUAGUUCCAUGCACUCAUGUAGAUUUGUUAUGUGGUUAUGCAUGGAAAGGAAAGUGAAGGCAUAGGACUGGACAAAGUAUGUUUUAUUUUUAUUUCCACAAGCUCUGUGAAAAUGAAUGUGUGUAUAUGUCAGAGGAAAAGUGAGGUUUGCACAAAUUCCAUUUAUCAAAGUCAUCAGUGAUACCACCCAAGCUUGGCCUCCUAAAUGUUAGUGCCACAAAGGAAUCCAUGAAUCAUAGGAUGAGGACAUGGAAGUCCUCUCUCUCAUGCCAAAGCUUCUCUCUAAGAGAUUUUAAUAUAUUUCACAAGUUUAUAUUUUGAAUUGCAUAAAUUAUUUGUACUUCUGAUGUAGAUUUCUAGUCUGUCACAAUCUAUGCCUUUUUUAAUUGGCUAAUUAGUAAGUUGUCUCUGAGAGUAUUUCCCCUUUUCUCUUUCUCUCCCUCUCCCUCUCUUCCUCUUUCUUUCCCUUCCUCCCUCUUUCUCUCUGCCUCUCUCCCUUUUUAUCUCCCUCUUUCUCCGCUUUUCUCUCUUUCUCACUUUUUUCUCUCUCCCUCUUUAUUCCUUUUUCCUCUCUCCCCCUUUCUUCCUUUUUCCUCUCUCCCCCUUUCUUCCUUUUUCUAUCUCCCCCUUUUCCCCUUUUCUCCCCCCCCCCCCUCUCUCUCUCUCUCUUUGUCUCUCUCUCUCUCUCUUUGUCUCUCUCACUCUCUCUUUGUCUCUCUCACUCUCUCUUUGUCUCUCUCUCUCUCUCUCUUUGUCUCUCUCUCUCUCUCUCUCUCUCUCUCUCU